UCGCCUUGAUUCAGACUCAAAUGUGUUUGGUCAAUCUUGUAAUUUGAAAUUUCUCUCUCUGUUCCUUCCUUGUCCUUUGCGUUACGAACCCAAAAGCGUCCAAUAAUGCGAUUGAAUUCCGCAGUUUUUCUUUGGAGCAAGUAAUCCAUGAUGAUUCAAAAAGUCUUACGAAGAAGCUUCUAAUCAAACUGUUCUGCUCUGAAUCAGGUUCAGUGUUGGAUCAAGUCUCGGAUAAGAAAUGACUCCAAUCUGCUGACUUCACAAUGCUCGGUGCUUUCAGAACAUCCGGAUAUUACCGACUACCGACUUUGUUAAAUUAAAGGUUUUGAAAUUAGCGAGUCCGACAAAAUUAUGACGGCGUCACAAUGAGAUUCAGCUUGUAGGAGGAUUUUCAGGCAUUUGAACUGCUAAUCGGCCGGGAAAAUGUUUAAGUCAUGGAGCAAGAAGAACAAGAUCAAAGCUGUAUUCAAAUUGCAGUUUCAGGCAACUCAGGUGCCGAAAAUGAAGAAGUCGGCGCUGAUGAUAUCCCUGGUUCCGGAUGAUGUCGGGAAGCCGACGGUGAAACUAGAGAAAACUGCGGUGCAGGAAGGAACCUGUGUGUGGGAGAACCCGGUUUUCGAAUCAGUUAAACUUGUUCAGGAUUCAAAAUCCGGGAAAAUACAUGAGAAAAUCUACCAUUUUGUUGUUGCAACUGGAUCUUCAAAAUCUGGUUAUCUUGGAGAAGCUUCAGUCGAUUUUGCAGAUUUUAUAGCAGAAACUGAGCCGCUGACUGUUUCACUUCCGUUGAAGUUUGCUAAUUCAGGUGCAAUUUUACAUGUGACGAUUCAGAAUGUAGAAGGGUGUACUGAACAAAGAAACAUGGAAGAUGGAGCUCUGGAGCUUUACAAUGAUGGAAGCUUGAAUCAUCAGCUCAGCUUUCACAGCACAGAUGACAGUUCUUAUAAUGUUGAAGAUUGUCGCUUAGGCAACACCAGAUCUGGUUAUACUGAAGAAAAUGCCAAUUCUGAGCUAGCUUCAUCGUUCAGACUGAAUAAUGGAACUGUUCAGGCCAGUACUAAAGAAACCCAUAUGCGUAGGAGGUCGAACACUGACUGGUCACUGGGCUCAACAUCAGAUGGAAGCUUAGGUGACUGGACGAACAGCCUUGAAGAUAAUCACCCAAAAGAUAGAUUACGAGAUCAUUCAGAUAAUGCCUCUGAAAAGCUCAAAAGUGAAAUUGCUUCUCUAAAGAGGCAGGUAGAAGUAUCAGAACUGGAGUUAGAAUCACUUCGACGGCAGGUGGCAAAAGAAAGCAGUAGAGGACAGUCUAUGUCGGCACAAAUAAUCAGCCUCAGAGAGGAGAGAGAUGUGCUGAAAACUAAAUGUGAACAGCUUGAUUCCCAGCGAAACUCCAAUGAUGAGACCAAAACCACAAAAACCUUACAGUCUGAGGUCAAAGAUGUUAGGCUUCAGUUAAAAGCAACAAGGGAAGAGCUUGUUUAUGAAAAAGAGUUAAACUCCAACCUUCAAAUACAAUUGCAGAAGACCCAGAACUCAAACUCUGAGCUACUAUUGGCAGUAGAAGACUUGGAAGCAAUGCUGGAACAGAAGAACAAAGAAAUAUCGGAUCUCUCUUCCAGUAGAAAGUCCCGAAGUAUUACCAAUCAGCCUGUUGACACCACGGAAGUAGAUCUUUUGAAACGGAAGAUUGCUGAACUGAAUGGCGAAAUAGACACCUAUAACAAACAAAAUGAAGAGCUAAACAAGGAUAUAACAGAGCUCACUUCGGAAUAUGAGCUUCUGAGGAAGGAAAACCUGGACAUUUCUUUGAGGUUGAAGCAAGAAGAAGCACAGCAAAUUAUGUUACAGAAUGAAAACUCUGCUUCUUUGGCUACUAUACAAAAACUAGAUUCACAAGUGGAGAUAUUAGAAGGAAAGAUACAGCAGCAGACGGAUGAGAUUUCAGAGUGUUUGGUCUGUAUCAAUGAACUUGAAAGCCAAGUCAAGAGUUUGGAGAAAGAACUGAAAAUGCAGGCUGAGAAAUUUGAAGAUGAUCUGAAUGCUAUGAAAUGUGAAAAAAUUGAACAGGAAGAACGGGCAAAACAAUUUGAGGAGGCCUUGAAAAAGACAAGACAAAAUAAUGCUAUCGCAUCUGAACGCUUUGAGGAGGAAUAUAGAAUGCUUUCAGUUGAAAUGUCAUCCAAAAUUGAGGAAAAUGAAAAGACGACAAAGAGAGCAGUUGCAGAAGUUGAUGAAUUUCGACAGCAGAACAAACUAAUGGAAGAAAUGCUCCAGAAGUGCAACCAGGAGCUCAGGCUUAUCACAGAUCAGAAUGAGUUGAAACAUCAAGAGCUCUUAAACCAAAUAAACUUGAAAGAAAAAGAAAUGGAACAAAUGUCAGAAGAACUAGAAAACAAAUCUAAACAGCUUGAAGAAGCACAAAGGCAUAGGAAGGAGAAAGAUGAGGCUUUCUCUGUUCAAAUGCAAAUGCUCAGAUCUGAAAUUAAAAAGCUGAUGGCAGGGGAGAAUAAAUUGUCCAAGUCAAUGGAGAAUGGGACUGUGAUUACAAAGCAAGAAGAGCACAGAGAAAUAAAUGAUCUGGAGAAGGAGUUCCCGCUUAAUGCCUUGCUUUCAGAAUUACAAAUCUUCAAGAUGCAACAUGACAAAUUAAAACAUAACAUGCACAAUGAACAGGUAGAGAAAGAGAAUAUGAAGAACAAGAUAUCUCAACUACAAGGAGAGAUGAAGAAGAAGGAAGCAGAAUUAAACAUUAUGGAAAAGAAGAUCAAAAGCAACAAAGGACGAGUUCCGGCUGCACAUGUGAAUUUGGAUUCCAAAGAUGAGUGUGCUGCAGCGCCAUCUUCCACAAAGGCAUCCACCAAGAAGACAAAAUCAGAAACACUUAAGGGAACAAAUGCUACAAGCGCCCCUAAUGGCAAGUCUGAAGAAAAAGGAACAGCUGGCAAGUCAGCAGGCGGUGAAGUUAGUGGAGCACCAAACAGAAGUGAAUCACGAACUUGCUUCCAUGAUAAUCAAAAUGGUGGGCGCAAUACGAGUAAACUGAUGGACGAAGUAGCGAUGCUAAAGGACAGGAACAAAAAUAUGGAAAAAGAGCUGAAAGAGAUGGAAGAUAGAUACUCAGAGAUUAGUCUGAAAUUUGCCGAGGUAGAAGGUGAAAGACAACAGCUUGUUAUGGCUGUACGGAAUCUCAAAAAUGGAAAGAAGAACUAGGAUCCUUUCCAAUGUUGCAUCCCAUAGACAUACAUGGGAUAUGAAAAAGAUAGGAAAUGAGAACCAGGGUGGUCGAAGCAACCUUUUAACCAGUACUUUGCUCUCCAGUUAAUUUUUAUCCAAGUUGGCUCAUAUAUAUUCAUGUAUCUAUGUAUUCAAAUAGGGAGUGAUAAAGAAUACAACUGAGUGUACAUUGUAACUUUACACUCAAUUCCAUUUUUUGAAUACGUUAUACUUUCAAUA